AACAGAAUAAAUUUCUUUAGUACACCAAUCUCACAGAUAAAAGGAAAAAGUUAAGGCCUGCAAUAUGAAAAUCUCCAGCAUCACGACCCUGAUCUGGCCCUUGUCCUCGCUAUUAUUAUCAGACAAAAGCCAAACUUCUCAACCUGAAAUCAAAUGUAAUUUGACGGAAAAGAAUUAUUCCUUAAUUCCAGCGGAUAUCAAUAACAAUGUUACUAUUCUUGAUCUCAGUUAUAACCAAAUUACUCUGGAUUUAACAGACACGCAGGUGCUACAAAUGUAUUUUUUACUCACUGAGCUCUAUCUGAUUAAGAACAACAUCAUUAUCUUACACAGUAAUAGUUUCAGGAACCUCUCCAAUCUAGAAACUUUAAAUAUCUGUAGAAACUCCAUCAAUGUAAUUAAACAGAACGCAUUUGUAGGCUUAAACAAACUAAAACAGUUACAUCUCUGCCAAAACAAAAUAUUACAACUGGAUCCGGGCAUAUUUGUGCCUGUAAACAACCUGAAACUCCUGAAUCUGCAAGGAAAUUUGUUACACUACUUUGAAGAACCACAACUAUUCCAUCUAGAAAUAAUAAUUUUAUAUGGAAAUCCAUGGAACUGCUCUUGUAGUCUACUCAAUUUGCAAAGCUGGUUGAAUACAUCAGGUGUGAUACUAGAAAAUGAGAAUAUUACCAUGUGUAACUACCCAGAAGUCCUGAAGUGCUACAGUAUUAAAACAGUGCCCUACACUGAUGAAUGCCACACAAACUUUACUUUGCCGAUAACUGAAGACCAUUACAUAAAUUUUCAGUCCGUUACCAACUCAACUUUUCAUAGCUCUUUAAGCAACUUAACAAGAAAUUCAGAACAUGUACCUCUUGGAAAAAGUUGGGUGUUUCUUGUUGGUGUUGUUGUCACCGUACUGCUGACUUCGCUCCUCAUUUUUAUUGCUAUCAAAUGCCCAAUGUGGUACAAUUUUCUACUUAGCUACAAUCACCAUCGCCUGGAAGAGCACGAAGCUGAAGCCUAUGAAGACAGCUUUACUGAAAAUUCAAAUUCUCAUUCACAAAUACCAGAAACAAACUCUGAAGACACUACAGUAAUAUUUGAAAAGUUACAAUCAUUUGUGAUAGAUGAUGAUGGGUUUAUUGAAGAUAAAUAUAUAGAUACCCAUGAACUAUGUGAAGAAAAUUAAUUUCUUUCAAUGUUUGACUUCUCAAAAAAAUAUCAGUCCACUUACAGCUUAGACAUUAAGAUUUUGAAAUGUGGUAUUUCAAACUAUGUAUUGUUUAGUACAAUAUCUAUGAAGAUCAAAACUUACGUUUUUCUUAAUGGAACAAGCAAGUAAGUCUAAAUGCAGUAACUGCCACUCCACUAAUGCUAGCUAACAGUUAUAUAGUUAGUAUACAAUUCUCAGCAUUAUUCAAGAGACCAUAAGAUGAGUAAAAAGAAGGCUGAUCUUUUUUUUUCCGUACUAGGGAUCAAACUCAGGACCUUGCACUUGCCAGGCAGGCACUGAGGCCACUGAGCUAUCUCCCCGGCCCUGGAGGCUUAAAUUAUGCAUUAACAUGAAUAGAUUUUCAUAGUAACAUAAUUGUGAUGUAAUAUGUAUUAAAUUGUACUAAAGUUACAAUCAGUAAAGAAAUAAAGCUUUUGGAUUUCUAUCAUGAAUGAAGGCGAAGAAGAGCAUAGUUUUGACUAUACCCUACAACUGAUUUCAUGCUUACAGAGUGAUUUCAUGGAUAAAGAAAGUAUUUUUUAAAGGUU